CGCAACGGCACAUUUAAAGUCGAGACAGUCGGAACCAUAGCUAGGAAACGUGAUAAAGCGAUUCGUUGUUUUAAGACGACGAAACUACAACUAAAGGACGCCUAAAAACUACAGACUGUUCCAUUUCAAGCUUGACUUGUCUAUUUCACUAUUGUAUUUUUGGCGGUUACGGCGUUAACCAACUGCUGUAACACUAAACCAUUUCAGUUUACGGUGAGUAGAUUGAUGCGAUACUAAGCCACUGCGGCUUACGAUUAACCAUUUGCCGAUAACUUAAGCCAUUUCACACUACUCUGAACCGUUUAUGUCAAGUCACGGAACCAAAGUACAGUUAGCUCAACCGUUUGUUAUUUCAUUAACAUUAACAUUAACAUUUCAUUUCAUUAACUGAACCACUUCAGUUAACGCUUCAGUUAAUCGUGUUUUUAUUGAAUCAGUUCAACAAUGGUGGCUGCACAGUUUCUGAAUUGUAAAAAGCAUUUUUUGUUUGAAUAUUUCAUUUCACCAAAGGCGACUUGUCCAUUUGUACUUUCUCGGAUUUUGUUAUCUCUCGAGAUAAAAAAAACCGUUCUCCAAAAGACAAUUAGGCCAUUUCUGUUUAUUACAAAUCAUUUACUAUGCCUGUAUUUCCGGCAAUACGAGUGCUUACAAAACCUGACGACUGCGCAGCGGGAGUUUGCUCUGUUUUUCACGAGUAUGAUUAUAGACCGAAUUUGACGACACGGAGCGAGCAUCGGAGCCCGGAAUUCGAAGGUAUUAGAUUUGAUUCCUCAUGGGGACUCAGAAUUUUUUCUUUGUCCCACGCUCGUGACAAGACGAAAAACAUCUUUCUUUAGGACACGAAGUUUUAUUACCAAUUCGCAUGAUUCCGAGUGCAAUUUGAAAUAAAUAAGCACGAGUAAAUUUUUACAAGACUAACGAAAUUGCACUCGCCCUAUGGGCUCGUGCAAUUUGUGCAACCAAAAAGCUGUGCUUUUUACAAUAUUUUCGUUAUUAGAGCUGUUUUUCAGCUGCUGUAUUGUUGUUACGGUGGUGAAACUGAAACCUACUUAAAAACGCCGGCCAUUGUUACGCUCGCCAAUUUUUAGCGUAUCCAAAUGUUGCCACAUCCAAGGCUCGCAUUUGAUUGGCUAUCAGUGAGUUUCUUUUCUUAUUGACCAAUCAGAAUGUCUGGUUUUGUCACUUCUUUACACUGAAUUGACCCUAUUCUGCAUUUAAUUACCUGCAAACUGCAUUUAUCUUAACCAAUCAGAGCUGAGUAAUUUUUUCAUGUAUAUUAAUAAUCAUAAAAAUUACAAUUUCCGAGAAAAGAAGAAUGACUAAGUCAGGGGGAAAAAAAGGGAAAAUUUGCAUUAAAAGACUGACAAAGGAGGCGUGAGUCUGAGAGAGUCUAAGAGUCUGAGGAGUCUGUACACUGUUUCCAUGGCGAUUAAUACCAAGGUUGUGAUUGAUUGAUUUAAGCUACAGUUUUGAAUGUGGUUGGCUUAUUGAACUGUCCGAUAAAAACUUGGCAAGUGAAUUAGUGGAAAAUGGGAGUUUUUUAAACCAAUCACAGUCGAGGAAAUUGUAAUUUUCAUGAUUUUAAUGAUAGUAGCAAUAAUAUUAUUAUAAUAAUAAUGAUCAUGCUGAUAUUAAAACGCUGUAAUAAUAGAGGGCAACACUUGACAUAAAUAGAGAUACUGAAAAUCCUGUGGCCCUGCGUCAUCUGAAAAAUACAUCACUGAAAUAAAUACCAAAUUGAAAUUGAAAAUAGCACAUUUAUGCAAUACUAUGUCGGUGUUUUUUGUCUUUGAAGACAAUUUAUAGGUAAAGAAUGUUUUAGAUCCAUUAUGCAGGGUCUAUUCAUGUUUCUACGUGUUUUGUCUUUAUUUACUGUACACAGCAUGUCCUCUUUGAGUUUUAAGAUGCUUUGGUUCUUAAAGAUGCGUAAAUAAAGAUUCAUUGAUUUGAGCUUAAAAUAAUGAAUAAAAAUACCCAUUGACAAACCUGCUAAUUGGUCGCUUUGACUUCGCCACAUCGGCUGAAGAAUAAGUUGACACUAAUUUAAGGGAACUUUUUAAUCUUCUCGAAAGUUCAGCGUCAAAAUAUAUUUGUAACCUAAGAAACACCCGGCUGGCUAUGAGAUAAUUGAAAUGAAAGAUGAACUAUUCAAAGGAAAGCUAGGAAGCAUAUCCGCAUUGAAUAAAGCGUUUUUCACGCUGAGAGAGUAUUUCAGUCGUUUUGAUAGCGCAAUACAUCUGCUUCCACACUAGGCGAGAAGUCAGAGAUUGAAACUAAGUGCAUAAUUAGUAAGUGAGAGUGAUGCCAUUAAUGGUUUCGACAUGAUUUAUUGCCAUCAUCCUGAAGUAAUCAUCAAAUGUAAAAAUGCCCAUUUUCAAGAUCUGCUCUAUCAUUUAUAAUGCACGAUUAAGUAUAUUUUUACGUUACAAUCUUCGUGCGUCAUAUGCAAUGCCGAUUACAUCGGUUUUGUUUCGACGUGUUCAACUAAUAACAGAAUGGUGAAUUUUUACUUUCCAAAUUUUAAUAGUUUCUUCUUAACCACGUCAUGCACUGAGAUAAAAACAGGUUUUAUGGAAAUAAAGGUUGCCUUUAGUUAAGUUUAUGUUGAAUUUUUGCAAAUUGCUUUUAGAUGCUCGUAUCACGUCAUUCAUUUAAGUUUAACAAAAUCUUAUCAGGUACUGUUGUCAUUGAGGCAAAAAAAUCGUAAUUUUUUUUCCUGUUUAGCUCAAAAUAUAGUUGCAAAUGCAAAGGGUAUUUAAGAAAUGUCAAAGGAAAAAGAUGAAAUAAUGUUAUUGUUGAUAUUAAAUUUAAACUAGCUAAAAAACAACGAAAGCAACCCCGACUCUAAUGGUGAUCAUAUUAUAUCAGCAAAAAUUUAAACAGUUUCGGAAGAUUCUCAUCAGUUAACGCGUAGUUGUUUUUUUUUUCUUUGAUAAAUGCUUCGAAUGAACUGAUCUUCUCGAAAAUGCUUUCAUUUUUGUCCAGUAUCAACGCGACUGGAGAUAACAGAAAAUGAUCAAACGCUCUCUGCUGAAUAUUUACGGCAUUUUAUGGACUACGUGUGUUUUAACACCAUAGUGUUACAGUUUCAAAGAAGUACUGUGGUUAUGCAAUGUUUUUCAAGGUUCCCAACCUUGGAAAAAAAUGCAGACAAAAUUGAUUCUUCCUCAUAAACUUUUUGCGAAUGAUUACUACUAUCGAACAACCUAUAGACUCACCUUUCUUUGAAAUCAAAAUAGCAGAUAACAUCCAAGGUAACAUUAGAACUACUGCAAACAUUGUUUUAGUUUCAGAAGGACGUUUUGCUUUCCACACACUAAAGAAACCUUGUCAAAGCUGCCCCCAAGCUUGAUAAAUUAUUAUCAUAAAUUAAAUCUUUCUGUAUUCGGUGUUUACGUAUUGCGCCAAACCGCCAGCUGGUAGCUGUUAUGAUCUUGUCUCUCUCACGAUGAUAUAAUUAUCUUAUGUCCUGCCCCCGCGGCUGAAUGCCCGGGGGCAGGACACAAGAUCCCACAUGGACUGAAUGCCCGUUUAAAUGCAGACAGAAAUUUUCAUAUGAUUUCUACACAAUAAUUAUUUCAAACUUCCUAAGAGUAUCAGAUGUUUUCGGUCUAGACAUUUCAAGCGAUUCCAAUAGUUGUUUUGACUUUUUAGUGAACAAAUUUUCCAAACUUAUGCAUGCUGUCAAACUGUUUCGCUGUCGACACUUAAAAGCAUUUGAGAAAGCAUUUCCUGGAGCGGUUUCAAAUAAACUUAACUGAUGCAUGUCCGGCAGUCAGAAUUAAGAAUUAUUCACCGCAUUCCCACAGGAAACCUAAUGCGAACCUGAUGAGUGUGUUCAAAGUUUGAUCAGAAAUGCCAAGUGAUUCCAAAGAUGUCAAUAUAUUUUUUUUUUUCAGUGGAAGAUUAUUGCGAGCUUGUGUAUAUCACAAUUUUAAUCGCCAGAAUUGAGCCACUGCCUAAUUUAAUUUCACAGCAAGCCACCACAAUACAAACAUUUUAUUUUGAAUAAAACUCAUCUCUUCAACUGUGUUUAUCAUGAGUAAAGAAGAAAACGGACAAAAACUUAGAUGGCACAUAAGACUGCAAUUUGGCGCAGAAGCGGAUUAAGACGUGAAAAUUUAGCACUUCGAAAUUAAGGCCCUUUCCACUAAACUGGAAAAUUAUUGUUAAUAAUUCUUCCCAAAUAUUUUUCUUGGCAACAGUUCCCUAAUGAAUUCUCUCGAUAUUUCGGACAAACGUUUCCUUAGGAAAAAGUUUGCAUCACAAGUAUUUAACGCCUUCUUCGGUAUAAAUAAAAAUAAGACAACUUUUUUUCUGGCAAAGUUCUCUUUCCUCUUAAGUCAAUAAAAUUACAUGUUAACACUUAGCAUUUACACCAGCCAAGGAAAAAUUUAUCAACGACGAAAUUUUCUGGAGUAAAUAACUGGACAAUUAGAGUAAAGCUUCCUUCGACAAAUUUUCACUAGUAGUGUACAUAACACUAGUUUUUUCUGUACACUUCCUAUUAGAAAACCUUUUCGUGUAAACGCCUCGCUGGCUUGCGCCAACCGAGGUGAUUUUUGGCUUUACAAAACAAUUUUCUUUCUCAUAAUGCUAGGGAUUACUUAGAUGAAAAUGUGAGAUAGUCAUACCGUAUUUUACAAGUAAUGAACAUUAACAGAUAUUUUCCGCGACAUUUUCACUUUUGAUAUGACACAUCAUCAUGACUGUUUAUUAUUUUGUGGUCAAACAUAUCAUUUUCAUGUUUUAAAGUUAUGAUUUCACUCAAAGCCGCGUGUUUUUGUUUCGUUUUAAGUUUAUAUGUGGUUAGUGAAAUAUUGUAAUAUAGUUCGGCUUUCAUGAACUAACUUUCCUUUAUUAUCUUGAUAAGAACUUUCAAAAACAUCUCAUUUGCAUCAGUUUGGACUAAAAAAAAUUUGAUGAGCGUUUCUGUACAAAAUAUCUCAGACUCAUAUCAAUGUAAAUCGCGGUCUGUCUUGAUUUGACGUUCAGCAAGGUGUAUUGCAAAUGUUUUGUAUACUUAUGCAAGCUGUUUGCUUGGAAAUUUUUUAAUAAGCACAUAUAUUUUUGUUGUGGUAUAGUUUUCCUUCUCCAUAACUAGUACUGGAAAUAAUUAAAUCCUAUCGUCCGUGACAUAAAUUCAUAACUUUAUCCAUUUAUUCAUGGUAAGCUUAAGUAAGGAACCUUUACCUAACUCCGCUUGUUCACGAUUCAAAGCCUCUUACGAGGCUCCUUUAUUAAGAAAAAAAAAAAAAAAAAAAAAAAAAGACAUCUUAAUAUUACUGAUGAAGAGGAGAAACUUGAAAAGCCGAAAGAAAGCCUUUUCCACUCUUGUCAUAUAUUUUUGCAAGGAAGGUAACAGGUAACUAUCAAAUUCAUGUAUCUGAUAGAAAAACAGACAAAACUGACAAAAAGAACAUGCACAUGAUCUUCGCAGUAAUAAACAUAACUUGAGCAGUGGUGAAAACAAGACAAAAGUGGCAUCCAGCAAGAAUUUUCACUAUAGGUGAUUUUUGACUCAUUUGAACGUGAAAAUAAAUGGAAAUAAUAUAUUAGCAUAAGCCAUUCAAUAAAAAUUAUAGUAAGCCAGUGUAUCAUUUCUUAUUCCUUUUGGUGGUCUUAUCUUACAGGCAUUACUUAGCACGAUCGACACCUCUUUUUCUUAGAGGUGUCUUAAGGUGUAGACAGGUAUUGUUUUUCAUCUUCCGCACUGAAUUUAUGAUCAGGUAAUUUAUAUGAAUAGCACGUAGCUCUUUUGGGGGCGGUGCCUUGGGUACGCCCUUUCUUCUCCGAAUUUUCUGUUUAUUCUGUCGUUAUGUGACAGUCUUCGAGGAUUAUUUUCUCUCAGGAUAUCUCCUCAACUUCGAUUUUAAUUCUGUCAGUAAGUUUAUUAUAUUUUUUUUAUUAGCAAUCUUGAUUUUGUUUCGCCCGAACUUGACCGUAAGAUCUAAGAAAUUUAAGGUAGAAAGUCAUUUUGUAAAACGAAAACAUCGCGAAGGUACCUACUUAGUAUGCGAACACUCCGCUCUGCGUAACUUAGCGUGAUUCGCUGGUUAAGUGUAAAUAAUUUGGACCCAACACAUUAACCAUCUCCCAGUUGGCUUGUUAACUCAGUUGAUAGAGCGCUGCACCGGUAUCGCAGAGGUCAUGGGUUCAAAUCCCGUACGGUCCUGAAUUUUUUUCAGGUCCUAUUUUCAACUACUUAUUUCAGUAGUGUUCUUAGCCGCGAGGAGCUCUUAAUUUCAUCUCUUCACCGCAGUGCAAAUAUAUGAAUUUCAUAUAUCUAAAAGCAUGACGAAGGUUAGAGAUUGACAGCUCAGUAAGCGUCACCUUUGUAAGCGGUGACCCACACUUUUCUUUGUUAAACCAGAGCUAGUCGCCGUUGUAUUAACUUACGUAAUAAAAGAGGGAAUAAAACAAAAAGUCAACUGGACGACGAGUGUUAGGAAACUACUUCUAAGGGCCUGUUUGCAUGGAGGUGGGGGACCCCAGGUAGGUGAGGUAACCCACCUAAGUGGGGUAACCCGCCUGUCCAUAUAAUUUCUUAUUUCAUUUUGAUCAUGUUUACAUGAUAGGUGGGGUGACCCGCCAUGGCGGGUUGCCCGAUCUGCCAGGUUGGGUAACCCUGUCAGCCGGGGUGACAAUUUGUCAUGUAAACGUGUCAAGGUGGGGUAACCCGCCUAGCCGGGGUCGCGGUUCAGGGCAAAAAGCUCAAAAGCGAAACAUGUAUGUUUUAAAACUUUGUACAUUUCCUAACCGUUUCAUGGCAGAAAUCACCAGAAACCGCAACGAAUACACAAGGAGUGUAAAAUAUUCACAUUUCGGAAUAUUUAGCAUUGUAAAUCGACCAUAUUUGGUUUCCCAAACUAUUCCGUCGAACGUAUUAAGUCAAAGGUUUCACGCGAAACCAAACACCGCGUAACACAACGCGUGACGCUUUCAUGAAUAAAUACAUAUGUGUACGAGAAUUAAUCUUUCGUCCUUUUCGAGAUGUGAGCUUGGGACGCCUCUGCUAAAACUCCUUAAUUGCAAGUGCAACAACAACCUCAAGAAACCUCACCCCAGCACCCCGGGGUUGUAAGAUUGCAUGUAGACGCGUUUUAUUUUUCGACCACGGCUAGGCGGGUUACCUCACCUACCUGGAGUCCCCCACCUCCAUGCAAACAGGCCCUAACACAAAGCCUGAAAAAAAAAUUCAGGCCUGCACGGAUGUUGAACCCAAGACCUCUGCGAUACCAGUGCGGUGCUUUAUCAAUUGCAACAAAAAGCCAAGUGUAUGAGAGCUGGUUAUUUUGUUGGUUCAUUUAUUCAUCGUCACCUUACGGAUUUAUUACGAACCAACAAAAUGACCAGCACCCAGUUGGCUUGUUAGCUCAGUUGGUAGAUUUUGCACGGCAACGUUUGGUCUUUGGAGCAACUUUUUAUAUUUGACAACCUCAGGCAAUUUUUGCCUUACUGAUAAAUUUUUGAGCAACAUUUGUGUUUAGAGUACAUACCAUGCACGCGGAUUAAGUCAACGAUUUCAUAAAAACUUCGAUCUAUGCAAAUUUCUUGAAUGUUUCGUAGGCCCUUUAUCAAAUAGUAGUGCAGAUAAUCGGCAAGAAUGACGCACAAGAUAGCUAUCAGUGUUAAUUUACCUCCCAUGGAUGGUUAGAAGCCGUCUUCAUUUGCGAGCAAAUCUUUAAAGCUAGGUUUAUCAUUGCGAAGAAAGAAAAAUGUAGCUUUAAUGAACGUUUAUUUGAAAAUGUCAAGAAAUUUAGGGAGCAACUUUUUGGAUUUUUGGCAAUUUUUUUUAGCGACUUUUUGGCAUUCUCGUGAGCAACUUUUCAGCAAAGCACAGUCGGGACAGACCUCGUUGGUGGAGCACUGCACCAGUUCUGGAUGCAACUCCUGUACGGGUCUGAAUUUUUCCUUUCAGGUUUUCCUUUUACUUCUGCGAAAGCAAUAUUCGCUAUUGUAAAGUUCGCUCUCAAAUUAUUUUCAUUUAUAUUAAUUCGCAUCUCACGUACAUGAUUUUCAUAUAUUCAGUCAAAACUGAAAAAAAAAAAAUCACAUUCACCGGGGAAAAAAAAGAAGAAAAGAAUUAAUUACCAGGUGUCUUCAAUGCUCGGAAUCGAUCCUGAAUGUUCACAUUUCGAGUGCUCCACUUAACACAAGAUAUUGGACCUACCGUGACGCUCGCGGUAUGUGCCAAUGAGAUGUAGUUUUAUUACUCCUUGUCACGUCACGCAAUAGUUGUCAACCAGAAAGAUCUCAAAUUUGCAUUUUUAUGUUUACAAGCUCUGUUGCGCAUUUGGUAUUUACGAUUACGAUUCAAAUGCACCAACGUGAUAAAUUUUAUUUUGCUUAACUGCAGACAUUAGUGAUAGAAAAGAGGCGAAGAGACCCUUUACAGUUUAGGGUUUCACAACACUCGAUUGCACAACCUCAGCGGACUUGUGAUCUGCGCAGAAAUUUUCUCGCCAGUGGUUUCACUUUUCUCCGUGUCUCAGUCGCAGACGGUCGUUACCUCAAUAGGUAAGUGCUAUGUAAUUUUUCAUCAUGAAAGUUUUCUCAUCUGUAUCUUGUGGGUUAGAGGAUUUUAUGGAAAGCAUUUUGCAUUGCAAAAUAAUUGUCAUGUUCUUUGAACUUGGCAAGCCCCGAGAAAAUUUGACCUGAAUUGUCGUUCUGGUCUUCACUGAAGUGAUCAUUUAGGCUUUGCAGAGUACGAUUUAGCUUUCGAUCGAUGUGACAAAUCUCAGACUAUUUUUCCAUAUUGUAAUCAUUGUUAUUUAAAUGAACAUCCUAGAUACGUGGAUCGAUACAAAACAGUAAUAAUAGAGACGUACGUAUAAAGUUGUGCACAGAACUCAACUUUCGGUUUCGCAAUGAUCUUGAACCAGUGGGCCUUUCUUUUUACAUUUUCGUCAUUGCUCGAUGAUUUUUUUUUUAUCCAAACCAUGAAAUUUUGUCAUAACCCAAUAGAAGUCUCAUGGCGAACAUUUACAGUGACGCGAAGUUUAUUUAAAGCGCGACAAACAAAGUGUUUGAAAUAACGUUCCGUUUCAUUAGAUUUUGAGAAGGCAGUCUUUCCUGUUCUUAUCAUCGACUCCAUCUAAAGUCAUUGGAAUAGAAAACAGGUAAAUAGUCAUAGCAAAAAAGAAAAGUCUUCGUCGGUCAAGGUUGAACAUAUGUAGCGCGUGCUGGCUUUCCUGUUAGUCAGUGCGGGCGGAACAGCUUUGCUUUUUGCAGGGUAGGCCAUGGCUGUAUUAACAUUCCCUAUGGUAAUCAGAGAACCCAUUGUACCCUUCAAUUGUUUUAGUCUUUGUUUGUUUUACGCUUUUUUUUUUUUUUUUUUUUUUUGGUGUUUAUUAACCAAGAUUCUAGGUAUUGAGGAGGAAAUUUUUUUAUAAGUUUUUUUUCUUGUCACAUGAAGUGAUCAAUUAAAGCAUUUGACCCCUAGUCUGUGGUCCUGUAUUUUUCGGUCACCCCGCCCUUGCCCGCGGAGUAGUCGUACAGCACGGUGGUGCAAAUCGCUCCGUUUGCCAAAGAAGGGCUGCGUCUGCCUCAGAAGCAACUUGAGAGUUAAUUUACGGUAAAUGUGAGAGGAAAUUACGGAAAUUUGAUCGAUGACCGCUUGAAUAAAGGGGCCGUGUUCAAGACAUUUGACUGUAUUUUCUUGCAUACACGAAUGGAACCAUGUCGUGGUCGGCUAAAAAUUUCACUUGAUCUGCUUUCCAUUUUGAUCUACUCUAUGAGCUCUAUAUGCGCAAUCUUGAAUCAUUGUUGUCUAUUUUCUCAUCUUGCUUAGCUGAAAGUUUGCAGUCACCCCUUGCGUUAAUUUUGUCGGUAACAAAACACUGCGUGACCAGUUCUUUCAAAGAGAGAGCAGAAUGUUUUUGUUUCCCUCUAAUUGUAGCCUGCGGACAUUCUCCCGAUUUUCUGCGCAAAAUUUAUUAGGAAGCUUUCAGAACGGUCAAAUUUUGAGUACCAUGGGUGAAUGAAUUGAUUAAGCGUGCGAGUAAGCCCUCAUUAUUAGAAUCUAUGAGGUGUUGAACAAUCGGUGGGUAGUCUGCAAGGGGUCUAAACUUGAAUAUUAGUGUUUGACUCCCGGCAAACCUUUCUCUCAGCUCCUUCUCCUCCUCCGUCUCAAAUCUUUCCGCUAGCGGAGAAAAGCCUGUCCUACAUCGCAAAUAAUGUUAAGGAAGUGAAAAACUGCCGACCUUCUUCAUAGUUUGAUGCUAAUUUUUGACGCCUGCCUUAUCACACCGCUUCUCUAGAGGUGUCUUUCUCUCGUUUGUGGUUCGAUCUAGCUUUUCACCUUUUGGGCUUUAGAUUUCACGCGUAGUAUUACGUGAUUUUUGAUGUAGACAAACCCCGAAAGUUCAGACAUCGAGUCUAGCUCGCAGGACAUGUAUCCAAACUUCGGCUUUGGAAAUUUUUCUUAAAUAACUUCCCACUUUUAAGCGGAUUUAUCUGACAAUCUACGCACUAAACACCCUGAAAAUACCUUAUCAGAUACAUCACUUUAUGCAGAACUAAUUCGAUUAUUCCAUGCCGCAACGCUUCCUGUAACAUUCUUCGUAUCUGCUUCAACGGCCGCCAAAUGACAACUUGCUUAAUAAACGAUCAAAUAAAUGAAAAAAGAAAGAUGUCAAUUUUGAGCGAAGACACGCUUCUUGAAGGUGGGACGUUAUAGAAGAAAAAUUUCCAAAGCCGAAGUUUGGACACAUGCUGCGAGCUCGACUCAAUGUCCGAACUUUCGGGGUUUGUUUACAUCAAAAAUCACGUGAUACUACACAUGAAAUCUAAAGCCCAAAAGGUGAAUUUGGUAGCUUAACUGUUUGUAGAUAUUGAGCUGAACAAAUCGACGUCUGAACGAUGACAGCUGAUGUUAAAUAUCCCAAGCGUUUCUUGGAUUUAACCAUAGACUCGCCAGUGGAGGACUCGAAACUCGCGUAUGACGAAAUGGCUCAGGUCUGGGAAAAGGUAACCGCUAUAAAUUCAUGGUUUGUUUGGUAGUAUCCUGCACAGCCGAUGCGAAGAUAACGAUUUGGCAUCAAAUAUCCAAGUUUGGCCUUCCAUUAGGCUAACGUAGACGGGGGGGUAGGUACUCAGACACUUAAGGGUACUUUGGUAGGGGGUUGCUGUUGAGGUCUACAAACGUCGUCGUUGAAAUGAUGAACCGGCUGUUCUUCUUAAAUAUAUAACUUUCAAGGGGCCAAUCAGUAUUUAUCGGCGGGGAGGGGAAGGGACGUAUAGCGGAACGUAGCGGGGGAGGGGGGGGUCAAUCGUCGCCAACAGAGCCUAAUCAGGGGGUAUCGGGUAAAUUUUACCAUACUAGCCCUGGUUGUUCAAAGGAUGGAGAAAUUUAACCACUGGAUGAGCUUAUCCGGUGUAUAAGAUGGCUAUCCAGUGGAUAAUUAUCCAACAAAUAACAAGUUAUCCAUCCUUUAAACAAACGGGGCUUGGUCCCAAAAUGUCGCCUAUGCGGGAAACCAGUAAUCCCUUGACUGUCAUUUUGUAUCUUUUUGCCUUCGCAGAUUAGCGAUAACACUGGUUACAAAGGGCAUAUUCUGUGCGUUGAGGCGUUCGAUCGAACCAUGGAAAAUAAAGAGGUUUAUCCAAACCCAGGGAAAGACAUAAGAAUCCUCGAUGCCGGAGCGGGUACGGGAGGAAUUGGUGAGAUGCUGAAAGCUCGAGGUUAUACCAAUGUUGACGCAUUGGACAUCUCGCAAGAAAUGCUGAAUAUUGCGGCAGCCAGGAACAUUUACAAGAAACUCAUCUGUGCUCCUCUGAAGGACACGCACAUGGAAGAGAUUGAAACUGCUGAAUAUGAUACUGUGCUGUGUGCAGGCACCAUCGUAUAUGGGCAAGUGAAACCUGGGGCAAUCGAACAGUGUGCAAGAUUUGUAAAACCUGGUAUGAUAGCAUUUAGAAAAAAAGGUUUUUAAGUUUAAUUUAAUCCAUAUUGAUUGAAUAUGCUAUGACGAAGAUAACGACCACAGCUUUACGUAUUGAAGUUUGUAAACUCUCACGAGACACCCUUAGCGCACUUGACAGAAGCCCUUUACCCCCAAGACUCUGUCGGUAUACCGUCGGGAUAUCCUCGGGAAACCCUCAAAACACUUUCGGGUCAUCCCCGAGAUCAACACGGGUGUCCCCAUUUUUCCCGUUAUUAAGGUAAUUUACACAUAACCUUGUGAUAAUUUUUAGUUCGGGGAUUUUUGUUUGUGUUAUUGAAUGGCUACGGCAACUGUUAUACGGUGAACAGACAACAAGUAAAAUAAUUUUUAAGUGAAAAAAAUAUUGUUAGCGCAUCGCGCGGAACUCUGGGAGUGAGGCGUACUCCCAGAGUUGUGCGGGGCGCGCGAACAUCAACUUUUAUUUGGCCGAUUUUUUUUCGACUUGCACGACGGACUUCGAAAAGAAGGGACUGCUCGUAGCCUACACAGCGAAGCAAAGGUUUUGCAAAUACAACAUGUAUUGCGUUGCUUGUCUUUUGUUUCUUAACUUAAUGAAAUCAGUAAAGGACGAGUACUUUCGUAUCAUGAGGCGAAUAAAUUCCCCCAGGGGACAAGGGAAAGGUACUAUAACUUCGGUUUUUUGCUCUUUCAGGAGGUCUGUUUAUUUUCUCCAUCCGCGUGGAUUCCUUCGAUCCAGUGGGUUUGGGUUUCAGUGAAAAAUGCCAAGAGCUGGAGAAAAAUGGCAAAUGGAGUUUGGUGUUAAAAGAGAAACGCGAGUUGCAUGCUGCGCCCAACGAGGAGCGACUUCGGUACUGCUACCUCAUCACUUACAAGAUACUUAAAUGA